GGCCCAGCUGGUGGCUGUAGUGACCCCUUGUUCCUCGCUGGUGAGUGUGGCGCCCGUGGGGCUCUAAGCCGCAGCCGUUCCCUUCCCUGCGCGGAAAGGUAGGUCCUGAAAGUCUGGGCUGUUGGCUGGGCCUGAGGCUGGGGACUGUGCGGGUGCCGGUGAGAGGAGGCGGCGGCGGGACGCGCUGUCGCGGUUCAGGCCGUGCCCUCCCGGAUGUCAUAUUUGGGAUGUGAGCGCGCAUCUCCGAUGGACGUGGGCGAAGCUCAGCCGCGAUGCCCAGUGGUGGCGGAUGCCGGAAUCCAGCCACGUCCCGAGGCUCCUGUGGGUCCAUUCCUGAUGCCUUUAAGGAAGAGGAAAGCCUCCCCUGCCAGGGCGUGAGUUUCCAGUGACUCUCCCGAACCUUUCUGCUCUUGUGCUGCCCAGAGAGGAAGCCUGGUGGGCGAGGGGAGGGCUCCUGACAGCCCGGACUCACGUGGGGACUGCUCGCCUUCUGUGUGCUGAAGCACAGGCACACAUGGCAUUCAGAGAUGUGGCUGUGGAUUUCACCCAGGAUGAGUGGGUGCUGCUGAGCCCUGCUCAGAGGUCCCUGUACCGGGAGGUGAUGCUGGAGAACUACAGCAACCUGGUCUCACUGGGCAUUCCGUUUUCUAAACCAAAACUCAUCACCCAGCUGGAGCAAGGGAAGGAGACCUGGAGAGAAGAGAGAAAAUGCUCGCCAGUCAGCUGCGUGGAACCGAAGCCAGAACUCCACCUCUGUCCUUUCUGCCCUCCGGAUCUCUGCAGUCAGAAACUCCACAUGCAGCAGGUGCUGUGUAGUCCCCCACCCUGGCUCUUCACGUGCCUGUAUGCCGAAGAUCCCGUCCAGUCAGGAGACCUGUGCCUGGAGGACCAGCAGCAGCAGGCCGCUGGUGGUAGUGCCUGGAUCGAGGAAGUGGAAGGGCAGGAGAGAGAAGGUGCCCCGCCUUUGUUUGGAAAGACAGAGAAAAGUACUAUAGGAGCAUUCCCCAGGCCACCCCAGAGGCAGCCAGCCAUCUCCGGGGGUGGGGUCCCAAGUAUGGAGAUAGAGGCCGGCCCGGCACAGAUGGGGACCCCUGAGGAAACAGACACGCUGUUGAAGAGGAUCGAAGUCCUGGGGUUUGGAACUGUCAACUGUGGAGAGUGUGGACUGGGCUUCAGCAAGAUGACGAACCUGCUCAGUCACCAGAGAAUCCACUCUGGGGAGAAGCCCUACGUGUGCGGGGUGUGUGGGAAGGGGUUCAGUCUAAAGAAGAGCCUGGCAAGACACCAGAAGGCGCACUCAGGGGAGAAGCCUCUCGUGUGCGGGGAGUGUGGGCGGGGCUUUAACCGGAAGUCGACGCUCAUCAUACACGAGAGGACACACUCGGGCGAGAAGCCGUACAUGUGCGGUGAAUGCGGGCGAGGCUUCAGCCAGAAGUCGAACCUCAUCAUCCACCAGAGGACACACUCUGGGGAGAAGCCCUACGUGUGCCAGGAGUGCGGGAAAGGCUUCAGCCAGAAGUCAGCCGUUGUCAGGCACCGGAGGACACACCUGGAGGAGAAGACCAUCGUGUGCGGCGACUGCGGGCUGGGCUUCAGCGACAGGUCGAACCUCAUCUCGCACCAGAGGACACACUCAGGGGAGAAGCCGUAUGCCUGCAAGGAGUGUGGGCGCUGCUUCCGGCAGAGGUCCACUCUCGUCAACCACCAGAGGACACACUCGAAGGAGAAGCCUUACGUGUGUGGAGUGUGCGGACACAGAUUCAGCCAGAAUUCAACCCUCAUCUCGCACAGGCGCACACACACCGGGGAGAAGCCUUACGUGUGUGGGGUGUGUGGGCGGGGCUUCAGUCUCAAGUCCCAUCUCAACAGGCACCAGAACACGCACUCCGGCCACAAGCCCAUCGUGUGCAAGGACUGCGGGCGCAUCUUCAGCCAGCAGUCCAACCUCAUCCGACACCAGAGGACGCACUCGGGGGAGAAGCCCCUGGUGUGUGCGGAGUGCGGGCGAGGCUUCAGCCAGAAGUCGAACCUCGUGGCACACCAGAGGACGCAUUCCGGGGAGAAGCCAUACGUGUGCAGAGAGUGUGGGCGGGGCUUCCGCCACCAGUCGGGCCUCAUCCGGCACCGCCGCACACACACAAGGGAGCAGCCCUACAACUGCCGGCGGUGCGGGCGGGGCUUCGGCAACAAGUCCGCGCUGCUCAUGCACAAGUGGUCACACUUGGAAGAGAACUCCUGUCUGUGCACAGAGUGCGGCCAAGGCUUUCCCCACAAGUCACACCUCAUCCUCCACCAGAUGACACACCAGGGGAGGACGCCGCACGUGUGCAGUGCGUGCGGGCAAGGCUUCAGCCAGAAGUGCCACCUCAGCAGACACAGGAGGAAUGUGUGCCCACCACAGACCACCAUUUCAGUCUGACCCCGAGGCCCCGCCAGAGCAUCGUCCCGACCCCCUCACCCGCUCCAAGAGUGCAGACUAAAUCAAAACAUGUUACACUCUUCUUGAAACACAUUCCCUAAGCGGUCAAAAAAGACAUUUGAACUCAGUUUACUUCCUCUACCCCAGUCGUCAUGUUUGGGGGCUUUUGUUCUAAUAAAACUCUGCUUCUU